AUGAUAUCGAUAGAAGAGGUUAAAAAACUUAUAGAUGCAGAAGUUAAGCCUUUAACUGCAAAAAUCAAGGAAUACGAACGAAAAGUUGUUGAUCUUGAAAAGUCACAUGGCUUCRUGUCGACAAAGUAUGACGAAGUCUUAAAGCAACUCCAAUCUGCCAACUCCAAGCUAAACAAACUGGAAAAAUCGUCAGGAGAUACUGAAAAUAUCAAAAUAGCAGUCGACAGUCUAGAGCAAUAUAUUCGACGCGACUGUAUUGAAAUAACGGGCAUAGAUUCGAGGAUGCUCCUCGAACAUCAAUCCUACGAAGAUGUGGUUCGGUCCCUAGGAACGGAAAUGGGCGUCGAAAUAGCCGACGAGGACAUAUCCACUGUCCAUCCUCUACCAACGUAUGACACAAAGAAAGACAAGAAAUUGAUUGUUAAGUUUACCAGAAGAGACGUCAAGAAUGAGUUUUAUAGCAAGAGGAAACAUGUAGCUG